AUGAAGACUGCUCACAAGUGUCUGCUUUUCAACUAUAUUUUGCUGUCUGUCACCUUUUUGUGCCAUGGAAAAGGCCUGUUCUUCAAUGACAAGGGCAACCUAGUACUGCCGGGGUCCUACAAUAUUCCAUGGAUGGCAAGCGUUGAGGAUUUCCGCACCCUCUCUCUCAUCACCAUCCCUGGUACCCAUGACAGCAUGGCCCUGUACGGAGGUCCAGAGGCUGAAUGCCAGGCCUGGUCCCUGACGGAUCAGCUCAAGGCUGGCAUUCGCUUCUUGGAUCUCAAAGUGUUUGCACUGGGUGACACCCUCUAUGUCAUUCAUGGGGUGAUGUACCAGCACAGCACACUGAAAGAGGUCCUAGACACUAUCCAGGCCUUCCUGUCAGAGUUUAAGACGGAGGCAGUGCUCAUCAGAGUGCGAGCAGAUUCUUUUGAGAAGGUCAUGAUCAAUAAAAUGGUUCAGAGUCUGAUUGGCAACAACCAGCACUACUGGGUGACCUCCGGAAUGCCAAACAUGGGUCAGAUCAGGGGGAAAAUAGUGUUUUUGCAGAAGAGCACCUUCACACUAGGAAUUCCUCUCAUCGAACCAGAUGGGAAAGGUAGCAGCGAGGUUAGCAACAUUAAAGAUAAAGACAACAGGAUAAUCAAACAGCUGAGCCAAGCUGCUGAAGCUUGUGGAGGUGAUAAUGCUGUCCUGACCUACACUAGCGGCACCGGCCUUGGCACUUUUUGGGGAAUGUUCCUGACUCCAAAAAGAGUGGCUGAAAAGGUAGACCCAUGGCUCAAUCAAUACCUGACGCAGUUCUUCCCAAAUCAGCCCAGACCAUGCUUUGGUAUCAUUGCCAUGGACUUCCCCGGCUUUGACCUCAUUCAAGAUGUUAUCAAUUUAAACCGUUGGUAG